UUUCUCACUGACACCGCGCAUGCUCCAUAUGUCUCCUUCAUUGUGCCCUGUCUCCCCUAAGCUAAGCUAGCUGUCAGUCCACUCAGCAGCAUCGCGACCAGGGACGCUCCAGGCUCUGCGGACACUCCUAUCAAACACAUUUGCACCGCACACGAUGGCUGUCCCUCCUUCAUACUCAGACCUGGGCAAGGCUGCCAAGGACAUAUUCAGCAAGGGCUACGGCUUUGGAGUUGUGAAGCUGGACCUAAAGACUAAAUCACAAAGCGGAGUGAUGGAGUUCAACACAUCUGGCUCCAGUAACACGGACACAGGGAAGGCCGCCGGCAGCCUGGAGACCAAGUACAAGAUGAAGGAGCUGGGCCUGAGCUUCAACCAGAAGUGGAACACUGACAACACGCUGGCUACCGAGGUCACUGUGGAGGACCAGCUGACUCAAGGACUGAAGGUCGCCUUGGAUACGUCUUUUGUACCAAACACAGGUAAGAAGAGCGGGAAGCUGAAGACGGCCUACAAGCGCGACUUUGUGAACCUGGGCUGUGACGUUGACUUCGAGGGUCCCAUCAUCCACGCCGCUGCCGUGUUGGGCUACGAGGGCUGGCUGGCCGGCUACCAGAUGGCCUUCGACACGGCCAAGUCCAAACUGGCCCAGAACAACUUUGCCCUGGGAUACAGGGCAGGGGACUUCCAGCUGCACACCAACGUCAACGACGGGACCGAGUUCGGCGGCUCCAUCUACCAGAAGGUGAACGACGAGCUGGAGACGGCGGUCACCCUGGCCUGGACCGCCGGCAGCAACAACACUCGCUUCGGCAUCGCCGCCAAAUACAAGCUGGAUAAAGACACCUCUCUGUCUGCCAAAGUCAACAAUGCCAGUCUGAUCGGAGUCGGCUACACCCAGAGCCUUCGGCCAGGCGUGAAGGUCACCCUCUCGGCCCUGGUCGACGGGAAGAACUUCAACGCCGGCGGACACAAAGUCGGGAUGGGCUUCGAGCUGGAGGCGUAAAGGAGGAGAGAACAAAGAAAAGAAAAGACCCAAACCACAUCCCAACACACUCCUCCGCCCCACCACCACCUUCAUGUGUCUUCUCUCUGGACCCCCUCCCCUCCCUCACACUUCCUCCCACCUGUUCACACGUUUCAUGAGAAUCUCUGACAGUAACAGUCGAGCCUCAGCAUCGACCUCCGAGAGGAGCCGUGAGCUUGUUGGUCCUAAAACUGACGGCGGCGCAUAGCGGUGGAUUAUUAGCAGGUUUUACGGUCAUUGGAAUGAAACUAUUUAUUUCCCCGUAGGUCUUUUGGAUGAAGUAGUCGUCGGUGUAAAUGUGUAGCCUCUGUAUUCGGUUGUUCCCGCCUUCGUUAAAAGCAUGCAAGGAUGAAAAAGUGCAGAUGCAGAGCUAAAAGCUUGUUUGCUUGGUUAAAAAAAAUAUAUAAUGGGAGUUUUCUCUUUUGUUAUUUAUCAGUUUGAGCCCUUUUGGCUGUAUUGUUGCAAUCUUUGGACUAUUGAAUCCAUGUAAAUGUUCUGUUACAGCCCAUUUCAUGAACGAAUGACUGGAAUAUCGAGGUGGGUUUUAAGUUGAGCGGUAAAGACUUAUAGACAUAUUAAAGACAUAUUUUAAACUGCUUUACAGGGACAGUGAAAGAUGCUCCUGAGUGAUCUUUUAAUCCUUCGUGACUUUCGGUAGGUGAAAUCAAUGUGGUGGAAUCUUCCGGUAGCGUGCGUAGUUAGUUUGCAUUUCUACAAUAUUGUUUUCAUCUAUCUGUCUCGGCACAGCGGUCACAAAGUAUAAAAGGGAGGAUCAUUUUUGCAUCUCUCGUAGGUUAUCUCAGCCGUUCAGUGGCUCAGGCUGAUGUAUGCUUGAUGGCCAGAUGUUUGCUCAUGUUGCUCGGGAGGGGGGGGGGGACUGCACUCGUUGCUGUCAGCGCUCUCUUUGUCGAAUACAACCUACACUCCUCAGAUAUGUACAUAAAAUACAGUUUGUCCUCCCAAGUGUCUCCGGUCAAAACACUUCAUAGGAAUAUGUAAAAGGUCUGGUGUCUGACUAUCUUAUUUCUUUUCUUUCCCCCUCCUCGGUAAUCAUACAUCAAAAUGUAGUUUUCUUUUUUUUUUUUUUCAAUCUCAUCGUGUCAUGAUUAUAAAUCUCAUUUUUCUUUGUCUCAUAGGCACAGUACCUCAUUUUUUCUUCCAAUGUCACUUAAGGGAAUUCUAAUAAUAAAGAAAAUU